AUGUCGCGCGUCUCGGCUGAGGAUUAUUCCUACCUCAAACAAAAGGGUUCUUUUUCUCUGCCUAAGCGGGACGUCCUUGAGGAUCUACUCGAAUGCUACUUCGACUACAUUCACCCGACCAUGCCGUUCAUCGACGAGACGGAAUUCUGGGAGAUCUAUCACGGCCGAGACGCCGACGGCCAGCCAUCACCCCCCUCCCACAGAACUCGCAUCAGCUGGCUCAUCUUCCAAGCCAUGCUCUUCGCAGCUACCACCUGCGCUUCUCCCGAGCUACUCCGGAGGGCUGGGUACACGUCACGAAUGGUCGCACGUCGCGAAGCAUUCUUCAAGGUUCGAACCCUGUAUUCCUUGGAUAUCGAGCGGGACAACAUGGUUUUGCUCCAGACGUUCCUUCUCAUGUCAUACUGGCGCGGCGACGCGGGCGAGGACAAGGAUGCGUGGCACUGGUCCGGCUUGGCCUUGUCCAAGGCUGCUGGAUUGGGCCUGCAUCUGCAGACAAGCACACCGCUCACCCGGCGACAGGAAACGCUGCGCCGAAGAUGCUGGUGGAGCUGCGUCUUACGAGACCGGCUGGUGGCGUUGUCAGAGCAGCGGCCCCCGAGAAUUCAGCUUGACGAGUUCGACGUGCCCUUGUUGACGCUCGCGGACUACAACGUGGGGCUCCGGUCCCCUAUCUGCAAGCUGUCUUCGGGAGAAGAGCUCGGGAAGAGGACAACCCUGUCCAUGUUCUCUGUUCAGCUAAUACGGCUUAUGCUCUGCUCUGGCCGAAACCCUCCGUCUCCAUCCAUGGACUCCCAGAGCGCUUCUCCGGGUGCGGCGGAAACUUGGGGCCGAGUUUCUCAGCCCACCCGCGACGACAAACGCUUUACAGGCUUUGCCGACCUUGAUUACUGGAUGACGAACCUGCCCGAGGUUCUUCAGCACUCCCCCAGGUCACACGGUUCACACGGCGGCGACGCUGUCCUGCCCUGCAUCCUGGUGCAUCGCAGUGCGCUUCACAUUUAUUAUCACAAGCUAAUCCUUUCUAUCACCAUGCCGCGGCUGCUUUGCCCCUCUGGAGAGGAAUCGGUGCGACACCUGCAGCUCGCCCAGCAUUCCUCUGCCGCCCUUGCCAAGCUCCACAACGAGCUCGUCGAUCAUGACUCCAUCCAUUGUCUUCACAGCGAAUGCUUUGGGUCUUCCACAUCAUCGUCUGGGCUUGAGCCGCUUGAAGGCCAAGCCACCCAAAUGACAAACCCUACCACAUUCCCAGCGGUGGCCGGGACAAGAUUCACCUACCCCCUAGUCACAGAGCAGAUGACCUCGGGGCCGGCGCUGUCAGACCAUGACUUCACUGACUCAAUGGUUAUCGACAAAUGGCCUCAGAACUUCGAGUUGACCACCCGGAACACAGCCAGCAGCCCCAGUGUUGACUCCAUACUCGACGCAGGGUCACUUUUUCCAUGGCCUCUCGGAGAUGACGAGACGUAUAGCGGCAUGCUUCCGGCCGAUGUUCCAGAUCUGGAAGCCGACAGAUUCAGUUUCAGUACAGUGGACACAAUCCAAGGGCCGAACGGUACCCAUACCUGCCUCGUCACUGCCGCUGCUAGUGGCAGCCUGAGCAGGUCGAAACGAAAUUCCGUCUCUGUCCCUCUGAAUCUGCAUGUUGCGCGCGCCAUUGCGGCGCAGCUCGUGCUCGCAGUUGCUUACUUGCACGGCAACGGCAUCAUCCAUGGAGAUCUUCAUCUCGGCAACAUCCUUCUCACAGCGCCCAGAGGCUUUGAGCUCCUGUGCGACGAAGAGCUGCGCGAGGGAUGGGGGGGGGACCGGAGGGCGAGCAAGUUGAAACCGACGACGACAAGCCAUUUCUGGACGCCGUCGGCAUUUCCCUCCUUUGCCACUCUACCAGCCUUCUUCGGGGAAAACAGCGAGGAGAUUUCACUCUCGGAUGCUGCAAUUCUCCUUACCGAAUUCGGCACAUUCUUCUGCCCUUCCCAAGAGACGAGGUUUACCUUCCCUACAGCGCCUCACUGUCGUCCCCCAAGGAUCAAUUUGAGCCAGAACGACCCCUCGGAGUGGAUGACCAAGUGGGCGAUGCCGGAUUUCAAGAGGAUGCGCAAGGAGCUGGCUGCGAAGAAGGGAGUGUAG